UUGUGUAUUUACAGACAUGUUGUCGUCAUCACCACCGAUAUCGAGAUUGUCACAUUCUGACUAUUGUUCAUUCUCGUCAUCCGAUGAUGAUGCUGAAUCACCAAAGGCAAGGGCUAUGGCCAUGUUGGAGGAAACACAUCCGGGAAUUUGCCCACAUUGCAAGAAAACUUACCAGGAUCCCGUCACUCUGUACUGCGGACAUUCACUGUGCUCGAAAUGCUGCACAUCACUUCUGGAAUCUUCCGGAGUAAACACAGCACCUCGACGUACGAGAAUUCGAAUGGGACUCAGUAGUGUCAGCUAUUCGCGACUCGAAAGAAAAAAUAGUUCGCAGUCCGUGAGUUCUGUGCGAUCCACGGGCGUCAUUUACAAAUCUCCACAAUGUAUUGUGUGCGGGGAGCGAGCGAGAACGACCCCUCCAGUGCCUAACCUUGAGCUAGCCAAUUUUCUAAAAACCCUCAAAGUGGAGAAAAUGACAGAGCAUGAGAAUCCAGCCUAUAGAGAAACGGAUGACGAUAGCAUGUCUUUUGAAGAAGAUAAUUGUCGUCGUAUUAGAGAAUGCAAGAUCGGAGUAGUAGGAGCAUCAGGAGUGGGCAAAACAAGCUUGAUCCGUGUACAAUAUGGGAAUGACAUCCUCUUCAGUGACAUCCUUGGCAAACGUGCAGAACCUAGUCUUACCAAUACCUUCAUGAUUGACAUUGUCGAUUCUAAUAACAGCGACGAUUGCAUGCGAACUUCCCAAGGCUUUGUCAUAAUGUAUUCGAUAACUGACCGCGAGUCCUUCUACGAAGCUGCGGAUAUCUACACUUUGAUUGAACAAAUCAGAGGUGGAAAGAUUCCCAUCGUCCUUACUGGUUCAAAAUCGGAUCUGCACAGAAAACGACGUGUCACCGCUUAUGAGGGUCAAACUCUCGCCAGACACAUUGGCUGCCCUUUCCUUGAGAUUUCGGCAAGAAACAACGAUUGCGUCAACGAGGCCUUCCUCGAACUGAUGCGAAUUGUUGAACGACGUCGACUUGCAUCUAUUGCCUAAUGUGAUUCUUGUCAAUUUUUUUUUAAUUUUUGAAGUAUUGCUUGAGUGGCGUCAUUUUUCCUGUUCUAGCCUUGUAGAAUUGUCCCUUGCUAGAAAAGUGCUUCUGCAACAAUUUGUGCUAUUUUUUGACCAACAGGGUCUAUAGCAAAGGCUGUGCCUAUAGUUGCUUGCGUGCCAGCAGCGGAAGACGCCGCAACGCAGCACGCAACGCGCGGUGUUAUCGCGGCACCCUGUGACGGCACGCGAGCAACUAUGAACGCAGUCAAAAAGCUCGGAUAGCUCCCAGUAAGGCAAGCCAUUCUUAUUUCUUCUUUGGAAGAAAUUUGGCUUUUUGUGGAUAUUGUCGUCUAUUUUUACUAUUGCUAUCGUCGUGAUAAGUGUAAUAAUAAUAAUAACGCUUUGUUAUACCUGUGAAUAAUGUAAAAGCUAUAAAGAGUAAUAAAAUUGUAC